AUGUUAAGAGCCCUUGGUCUUUCUAGGGGAUCCGCCUCGGAACCUCCCACCCGAUCGGCAUCAUCGGUUUCCAUUAACCUGCUCGAUGAGGCCAUUUCUCUCGAACAUGCUCUUCGCUCCAUGGACCUUCUCAUGGAUGACCGCAUCGAAGAAGCCCAACAACUUCUCUCCGUCGGAGAUUCCACUUUCUUUAAGCUUGCACGCGGCGUAAUCGCCUUCAUUGAGGCCACGCUGGGCUUUGAACCCGAGGCAAUCAAAAAGGCUUCAGAUGCUCUUUACGCCGCUGAAGAAAGUGCUACAGCAGAUCGUAACCGUGCCAUCAAGUCAGGCUACAAGACUUCAGCUCAGUUCCCUCCAGGCCUCGAGUACGCAGUUGUCCAUGCUGAGUCCCAACUGCUUGGCGCUAUCACAUUAUUUCUUUCGGAAAGUGUCAUUGAUACUGCCAAGGCGCUUCUUAAACUCCGUAAAGCCUAUCAAACUCUCGACGAAGUCUACAAGCAGAUGCAGGCCGCUGACUACAAGUCCACUUUUAUUGACUCGUCGAAAUUUGUUUCAAAUUCAACUCCAAACCUUAAUGAUCCUACCUCGUCUCUGAAAACAAAGCCUUCCUCAGCCUCUAUCAGAACAACCUCCUCGGUGUCAUCCUCCUCCACAACCUCCAAGUCUACUACAUCCACCAAAAAGUCUUCUUCUUCUAAAAGCAACAAUAAGCAUAAGGACAGUGAUGACGAUGGAGUUCUCACCCUCGAGCUUCUUCGCAACCCGGAAAUUACUAAAAAGGCCCGCCAGUUUGAACAUGCUCGCAUGCAGCGUGCAAAUGGUCACACUCUUAGAGAGGCAUCUUCAGACGAAAUUGAAAACUUCAUUACUCGCAAACUUGACGAGCUUCAGCUCAAAAACCAAUCAUCAACAACUCCUAGUGUUGCUGGUCAGGAGGCUGUUGACGAAUACAUAAUUUCUGCUGUCAAUGCCUGCUAUGGUAUUCUUCAACUAGUCAUUUCUAUUUUACCUGCCGGUAUUGGCCGUGUUUUGUCUAUUGUCGGUUUCAAAGGCUCCAAGGAGGAAUCACUACGUCUUUUAUGGCAUGCCGUCGAAAGUCUUAACAUUCAUGGUGCUUUAGGUCUUCUUGCUCUUCUCCAAUACUACGAUGGCCCCACUCAGGUUUCUGAUAUUGCCUUGCCUGUCAAGGAAGGCCAACCCACUCUUGCCGAAUUGGAUGCUGUGCCCCUCCCUGAUGAUGAUGAUAUUCUUUUCUCCCUAGCCCCAGACCCAGACGACCAAGCUACAACUAAGCGCCGAUUGCGUAUUGGCCUGCGCCGUGCCCGCAAGCACUUUAACAAAGGUGCCCUUUGGCAGCUUCAAGAAGGACGCAUGGAAGCUUCCCGUGGUAACCUUCGCGAAGCUAUCGCUAUCAUGGACGAUACCUCUCGCGGUCCCAUUAACAUGCGCCAGGUUGAAGGCCUUAUGCUCUUUGACAAGACUAUGUUUAUUGUUACUAUCCAUGGUUUUGAAAUUGCUGCCGACAAUUUCAUUCGUCUGAUUGAUCUCAAUACCUGGUCUCACAUGUUUUACACCUACCUUUCAGCUGUUUGCCACGUUGAGAUUUAUCGCAAAUACAAACACUCUGAUCCUGAACUUGCUGCAAAGUCUAAAAAGGCUGCUGCAGAUGCUAUGGAACGUGCUCCAUCCUUUUUGGGUAAGCGUAAGUUUAUGGCUAAGACCAUGCCCUUUGACGUUUUCACUCUGCGUAAGCUGAAUAGCUGGAAGGCCAUUGCAAAGGCCAAGAACAUUCACAUUGUUGAUGCCAUUGGUACAUCGCCGAUUCAUGAAGUAAUUUACUUUUGGAACGGCUUUGGACGUAUGCUUCCUCAGGAUCUAGAUACAACUCUCGAGCUCCUGGGCUAUGCUGCCAACCCCAAGGCCCUUUACACCAGUAAUAAGGGCACUGAUGCAGAUGUCAUUGAGGAAACUGAAGAUGAGGCUUUGAUUCGAAAUCUGUUGCAAUCUAUUUCUCUGCGUUGUCUGGGGAAGGUCGAGGAGGGAUACGAACUGCUCAAGACUCAAGUUAUCCCUAAAAUUUACGUGGAGACUCCCAACAAGGGUCACUACGCAUCUGGGUUGCCCAAGGUUCACUUUACCAAAACAAAUAAGGACCCAUGGGUCAGCCCCAGUGCCGUAUAUGAGCUGGCAGUGUUUGUGUGGCAGAUGGAGGGAACCAAGUCCGUGCAAAAGGUGCGCGAUUAUCUUGAAAUUGCAAACUCUUAUGCCGAUGAUUACGAGCUCAGUACUCGUGUGGGACUCAAGGUUAAGACUGCUUUAAGCAAGCUUGAGAAUGUUAAAUGA